GAGUCUUAUCCAGCUGUUCCCCCGAUCUGGUCUGUGGAGUCGGACGAUCCCAACCUGGCAGCUAUCCUGGAGAGGCUGGUGGAAGUCAGGAAAGGAAACACACUGCUUUUGCAGCACCUGAAGCGAAUAAUUUCUGACCUGUGCAAACUCUACAACCUCCCCCAACACCCUGAUGUGGAAAUGCUGGACCAGCCUCUGCCAGCAGAACAGAGCACACAGGAGGAGGUGUCCUCUGAAGAGGAGGAUGAGGAGAUGCCAGAGGACAGUGAAGACUUGGACCACUAUGAGAUGAAAGAGGAAGAGCCAGCAGAUGGGAGGAAGACCGAGGAUGAAGGCAUUGGGAAAGAAAACUUGGCCAUUUUAGAGAAAAUCAAAAAGAACCAGAGGCAAGAUUACUUAAAUGGUGCGGUGUCUGGGUCUGUGCAGGCCACCGACCGGCUAAUGAAGGAGCUCAGGGAUAUUUACCGAUCACCAAGUUUCAAGGGCGGAUACUAUGCAGUUGAACUAGUGAAUGACAGCCUGUACGAUUGGAACGUCAAACUCCUGAAGGUUGACGAGGAUAGCGCUUUGCACAACGAUCUCCAGAUCCUCAAAGAGAAAGAAGGAACAGAUUUCAUCCUCCUCAACUUCUCCUUUAAGGACAACUUUCCUUUUGAUCCACCGUUUGUCAGGGUCGUGUCCCCGGUGCUGUCAGGGGGGUAUGUUCUGGGUGGUGGUGCCAUUUGCAUGGAGCUGCUCACGAAACAGGGCUGGAGCAGUGCCUACUCCAUCGAGUCGGUGAUCAUGCAGAUCAGUGCAACACUGGUGAAAGGGAAAGCACGAGUACAAUUCGGAGCCAACAAGAACCAGUACAGCCUGACAAGAGCACAGCAGUCCUACAAGUCCCUGGUUCAGAUCCAUGAGAAGAAUGGCUGGUACACACCACCCAAGGAGGAUGGCUAGCACAGACACUGCAGGACCAACCUGAUCAUCUUCUGGAUGCUCUACUUGGAUCCUACUGAUGCCUCUUGGCUUUCUCCCAGGAUGUAACAGCUCUGCCUGUUACAGGACAGUACUGGCUCUUCAGAACUCUAAAUCAAGCUGUUCAAGCACUUGGGACUGCCCCAGAACACUGCUGGGCCCUUGCUAGCAGGCAUUCUUGUUAAAACAAACUCUCGAGCCUCUUGUAUCGCUGGAAACUUUUGACUCUACUCCAGUCUAGAGCAUCCUCCUUACCUAUGCUAUGGAUUUAAUUUAUUUUCUUAUUUCAUGUACACUGCUUUUUUUUGUUACAGUGUAUGAUGGAUGUGUAUGGAAAAUGUAUCUUUGGAGAAAAAAAAAAAUUACAGUUUGUUAAUUUGA